GCUUUUCAUAACAUGUACCGAAAAAAAUUAAAAGCAUAUUUUGAGCAUUUUAAAAAGAAUUUGAAAGAAAGCUCUAUGAACUUGGAUGGAGGUGCUAGUACAGAAUUAAUUUUAAAAGAGAUGAAAGAAAGCUUUAAAAACUGUCAAAAGCCGGGAAUAGAGACAAUGAGCAAUUCCUAG